AGCUGGAGGUGAAGCAGCCUCUCUCUGCCAUACUGAAGCAGGUGUCCAACAUGGCGAACAUUGGCAGCAGCUCUCUGGCGACUAUUCUCUUUUUAUUCCUCUUCCAGGCGGCCCCGCACAAAGGAGCUGCUCAGGACCCAGUUGUGAGUCAGAACCUGGUGACGGACAACGUGUCCGUGGUGGAGGGCGACAUGGCGAUGAUCAGCUGUCGGGUGAAGGACAACGACGACUCGGUGAUCCAGCUGCUGAACCCCAACAGGCAGACCAUCUACUUCAGGGACAUGAGGCCACUGAAAGACGCUCGCUUCCAGCUCGUGAACUUCUCCGACAAUGAGCUGCGGGUGUCACUGUCUAAUGUCUCGCUGUCAGACGAGGGUCGAUAUGUUUGCCAGCUCUACACGGAUCCCCCGCAGGAAGCCUACGCUGACAUCACUGUGCUAAUUCCUCCAGGUAACCCCAUCAUCGAGGCCCGGGAUGAGGUCGUGAGCGAGGGCAACGAGACGGAGAUGACCUGCACGGCCAUGAGCAGCAAGCCCGCCGCCACCAUCAGAUGGAUGAAGGGAGAUAAGGAGCUUCCAGGCAAGCCCAAAGUUGAGCUGACCUACGACAAGAUGUACACAGUCACCAGCCGCCUCACGUUCACCGUGAACAAGGAGGACGACGGAGUUCCUGUGAUCUGCAUCGUGGACCAUCCGGCCGUCAAAGACUUCCAGGCUCAGAAACUCCUCGAGGUGCAGUACAAACCGGAGGUCAAGAUUGUGGUGGAAUUUCCUCAGGGGCUGACCAGGGAAGGAGAGAACUUGGAGUUGACGUGUCAGGCCAAAGGCAAACCCCAGCCUCAGCGGGUGAACUGGGUCAAGGUGGACGAUGACGUGCCGUCACACGCCGUCAUCACCGGCGGCGAUCUCUACAUCGAGAACCUGAACAAGUCGUACAACGGAACCUACCGCUGCGUGGCGUCCAACUCAGUGGGAGAGUCUUUUGACGACUACAUCCUCUACGUCUAUGAUGCUCCCACCACCACCCCUAUACCCACCACAGCCACCACCACCACCACCAUCAUCACCACCACCAUCUCCUACCCCGAAGCCAAUCAAGACUCUGCGCCCAGCACUGAACCUGCAGCUCAUGAUUCUCGAGCCGGAGAAGGAGCGCCCAGGACGGUGGACCACGCCGUGAUCGGAGGAGUCGUGGCCGUGGUCGUCUUCGCGAUGCUGUGUCUACUCAUCGUGUUGGGGCGCUACUUCGCAAGACACAAAGGUACCUACUUCACACACGAAGCCAAAGGAGCGGACGACGCGGCGGACGCAGACACAGCCAUCAUCAACGCAGAGGGCGGCCACACCAACUCGGACGAAAAGAAGGAGUACUACAUCUAAUCCAAACAGGACCCCUCACUCUGGUGUCCUCUUUGGGACACCGAGCUGGUUUUGGGGCCUGGGGGGGGGCGGAGGCGGGGGUUGGGACCGGAGUUGGUUCAGGAUCACUUUAUAGUGAGAGUGGAGGGGUCAACGCGUAGACGAGGAAUGGGUUUUUAAAGAAAGGCCUGGUUUUAAGCCGUUGUUUAGUCUCUAGUCUGCAGAUGUAGAUGGAAUGUUUUGUGUGUUUAAAAAAAGUGACAAAAAAAAUCAAAAAAGGAGGUGAAAAAAAAAAAAGGGGGAGGGUUUGGAUUUUAGGUAAA